CUGCAUGCAAAUCUGAGUAUUACUGCAAAACCUGUUUGAAAACAAUGGCUGUGAACCUUUGACUGUGGUGGUGAUGGUUCUGGUAAAACUUAUAUAAAAUCUAAAUAAAAUAAAUAAAAACACAUUUUGUCAGGUAAAGAGUAGGAGGCAACUGUAAAGCACAUGGGCGCCUUGAACUGUGUGAUCAGCACACGGCAGUCAAGCUGCAGAAUGAGACACAUGCAUUUGCAUGUAACACUUACAGGGACUGCUGUGUCGCCUCUUUCAGUUGUGAUGACUAGAAAACCAAAAUAGACACACACACACACAUACACACAUGAGGUCCUUCCUAGAAAACACGCCAUGUUACGUGAGCAAUAUUAGGUAGGUUUUUUUAUGCUUGCCAAAUAUAUUGCUGCAAUAUAUUAAUGAGCAAGCAAGCCUGCUUUUUUAUCAGUGCCUUUUUUUGUUGUCUUUUUGUUGUCUUUUUGUUGACAAUUUAUAGCUGAUGUGAUAAGUGUGUGUGCAUGUGUGUGGAUGGGUGUGUGUGUGGUGUAUGUGUGUGCAUGCAUGUGUGAGAGUGUGUCUAUUCUGGCUUCCUUGCGUUGGUCCUCUUAGUGUUCAGCAUAUAUCCUUGCUGAUCAAAAGCAUGAGUCAGUGCCCAAACAUUCAAACUGGAUCAUUUAAAUACUAGUCAUCUUUAUUUAAAGAGCACUUUUCAAAAUCCAUGUUACAAAGCGCUUCACAGAGGCAGCUAAAUAAAAUCAUCAGGAUUUUAAAGAAAACAGAUACAAUCAAUGAGGUAUAUCAAAAUGAAUACAGUGGUACACCAAUACAGGGUAAAUACAAUUUUAAGGAAAUAAAAGACAAUUAAAAAGAAAUUAGAAACUACCAAAAUCAGGAAAGGCUCUCAUAUAAAAGUAUGUUAUAAGAAGGGACUUAAAGGAAGUCACUGACUCAGCCAACCUGACUUCUUCAGGCAGAUUGUUCCAGAGCCUCGGGCCCAGACUGCAAAUGCUCUGUCCCCGUUAGUUUUCAGCCAGGCCUCUGGAACAGACAAAAGACCAAUGCCUGAGGACCUCACCGACUGUGAUAAGCGGUCAGAGACAUAACUUGGUGAGAGGCCAUGGAGAGCCUAACUUUAGCUGCAGCAGUGGGUAGACCAUAGGUCAAAUAGGUCUUUCAUUAGAUUAGACUCAUUAGAGAGUAUACUAAGAGGCACUGAGUUCAAAGACACGGUAGGCGAUUUAUUUCAAAAGCAUUUUUUUGUAGCAUUUCUUGAAAUCCUUUUUACAUCCCGAUAGCAAUGAAUACAUAAAACGAAAAGCAAAGAAAUUCAUCAUCUGGUGUAGCUUUUACCGCUAAACAAGGCAAGAAAAGAAAGACAGAAGUGCAAGGGCUGUGUAUCGAAAGGGCCUCCAUAUUUAACAAGCACAAACUCGGUGACACAAACUUAGAAGCACGGUCUGAUACAUGGGAGUUAAGGCACAGUCACGCAUUCCUCCUCUCAUUCUCAGCCACAGACAGGAGAUAGAGAUGAAUGAGUUCAGUUCAGUAAAAGCACCCACCACAAGGAUAUGAUGCUUAAGUAUUGGCCCAACGCUAAUGCUAAUAGACUAUGUAGCUAUGUUUACACGUACCUUGUAUGUAAUCUAUCUGCGUGUAUAUUCGCAGGUGUUUGCAUUGUAAUUGUGAGCAAAUGUUGUUUGAGGGGAUUUAUCUUAUGUUAGUGUUUUUUUGGCUUUGAACAGGAUGUUUUACAACUGUGGUAAUGUAGCUGAUUUGUGUGUUUUUAUAGUUGUGAGAGUGAUACGUGGAUGAGACACAGUGAUGACAACGAUUUGCUGCGCUCUUCUACCCAAUGAGGACUUAGUUGGUGAGGUGCAUUGGUCCCUGAAAGGCACGUACAGGCAGACUUCACCCACAUCAUACUGCAAACGUUACUGAGAAAGAACGAAACUGUGAGUAGGGAAAGCCACAUAUUCUGUUUUAAAAACAGCUGAACUCAGACUGAAAGAGCAGUUCCUUCCCCCUGUGAUGCAAGGGCAGCCUCAGAGGAGGUGAAGUGCAUCACUCUAAAGCCAAGUAGCAGAAGGGAGGCAGCGCCUGAGGAACAACACACACUCACACUCAUACAGUCUCUCACAUAGAGGGUGAACUUACUGUACCAUCAUCUGGGUCUGGAACCGUGACGUAAAGAUUCUGUGACUGGAUCCAAAGCUAAAUAGUGGAAGAGAGAGAGAGAGAGAGAGAAAGACGGAAGACCACAGCCUGUGGUGGGCAACCACAUCAAUGUCAGAGAGGAGACAUUUAGGAAGGAAAGACCACGUGAGAUGAAACACUGGCCCUGUCUGUGACUCAUCCACACGUCACUAUUGCUUAAAUCUUACUUCAAACCCAGCAGAACCUUUCACACAAGCACAGCCACAGACAUUUUGACCAGAAGCAAUCUUCUUUGUGAUCAUUGGAGUGUGUGUGUGUGUGUAUCGUCAGCAUGGAUUCCAACAACAUGUCUUCUUCCAGUUUCCAUUGCAACCAUUCCUCUCAGAAGGUGGUGACUGCCGUGCUGCCCCCGGUGAUGAUCAUUGAGAUGGUGGUGGGGUUGCCCUGCAAUCUGGUGGCGCUCUGGAUCUUCUGGUUUCGCAUGAAGGGCUGGCGGCCCAAUGUCAUCUUCCUUAUCAACCUGGUCAUCGCCGACUUCCUGCUGCUGGUCAGCAUGCCCUUCCGCAUCGACUACCUGAUAGACAAGGAAGACUGGUCCUUCGGGGGGCCUUUGUGCCGCGUCAAUCUCUUCAUGCUGGCAGUCAACCGUGCGGCCAGCAUCGCCUUCAUGACCAUUGUGGCGCUUGACCGCUACUUCAAGGUGGUCCACCCGCACCACCGCAUCAACCACAUGACCCCGGAGCAGGCCUGGGUGGUGGCGUCUUGCACAUGGGCGGUGGUGAUCAGUCUGCGGGUACCACUGCUCGCCACGCAGCUCAUGAAGACCGGCAUCGACAAUCGCUCACUGUGCCGCAGCUUCGACUCGUAUACCAAACCACCGCUGGGCAUCAGGCUGCAUAAUUUCCUGUUUGUGCUGGAGUUUGUGCUGCCGCUGUUUCUGCUCAUCUUCUGUUCCGCCAGCAUUGCCUGCAGCUUGCGCCAGCGCAACAUGGACAGAGAGCGCAAGGUGCAACGUGCCAUCCGGACUGUGGGGGUCAUCGUGGCGGUGUUCCUUGUGUGCUUUGCACCCGGCGUGCUUACCGGCCUGCUGUCUGUCAUUUACAAGCAGACCUGGCCAGACGACUGCGAGAGCUACCAAACACUGACCCAGCUCUUCAGCCUGUCUAUCGGCUUCACCUACCUGAACAGCGCCCUGGACCCCAUCGUCUACUGCUUCUCCAGCUCCAUGUUCAGGAACGCGCUCAAGGGUUCCAUUAACCGGAUGGGCUUCAUGGAUCUGCGACUCAGCCGAAGAGGCAGCAUGACCAGCGACGGCUAAAUUAACCAUCAAUGACACCCCUGAAUCAGUCCAACCCAGGAGCACAGGUAUAGGAGUCUGUGUCUGGAGGUGCUAAAGCUUUAUGUGAAAGCACAAAAUUCCAACAUAUGGAAUUAGUUGGACUUUCCAAUUAACACUGUAUUCUAUACUGGGGUGUCAUCGUAUGUUAUCAUUAUCGUGUGCUAAUGGACACUUAGGGGUGCAGCCUGGUGUUAUCUUCUACUUUGGGGUUGGUCAACCUAUUGAACACUCCCAGAUGGCGUGGUCUUUCCAGUGACUAAUCACGGGGGUUAGUACGCCUCCAUCUCAUGCUUAUAUGGAGAAAGUACAUGAAGAACAGAGGAUUUAGGGUGCUAGUGGCAGUGGUAGGCUACUAGGGGCUAUUGUGAUAGCAUGGAACUCCUCUGUAGUAUUCCCCCUAAUUCAUUUCAUUUGUGAAUGUGAAAUCCAGCUAAUUUAAGUCCAGUCUCAAGUAGAAUAGAGACAAACAUGCACACGGUGGAUGCUGUAUCUUUCAGAAGGUUUCAGGACUAUACAAGAUCCGGUUCUCUUUUGAGAGGAUACAUACUGAUGUAAAUAUGUAAAUAUUAAAGAAACAGUAGCUUUUUGUUAUAUAUGAAGGAAAAUCUUUAUGUUAUUUUUGUCCUGACAGAAUAGUCUUUAAUACCAUGUUCCAUGAUAAGAACUAUUUUAGCAUCAAACAGCAAUGACACUUUAAAGUUGGUCCCACCAUGUGCUCAUUGUGUGCUCUCAUUCAAAACGAUUCAUAAGCUUAUAAUAACACAAACAUUAUCACUCGAAUACGCGUUCUAACUUAAUUCCUGGUAGAUCAAAUAUUUCAUUCUCAGGUCUCAUCUACCUGUAGGGGGUUGGGAGGUGCAUGGUGGACAAACUGUCAGGGCUUCCUCUGGAUAUGACCUUCAUUGACCUUCAUUGAAAAUGCACAUUUGCCCUUCAAGCAAGAUGAAUUAUUUCUCUGUUUAUAAAAUAAAAAUUGAUGGGAAAUUUUAGUCCAUCGAGUGUUACUCUGCAUUCCAACCAUUUUGUUAUAUUACAUAGUCAAAAUCCAAAAUAGCUUUACAAUGUUCAUACAAGAAAUGUUCCACGUUUUCCACGUUAAAUUGUAAAUAAAAAGAUAACCAAGGCA